AUGGCGAUCCAGAAGAAGCACGGAAAAGGUCGUUUAGAUAAGUGGUAUCGAUUGGCAAAGGAGAAGGGAUACCGCGCGCGAGCUGCCUUCAAAUUGAUCCAGCUGAACAAGAAAUAUGGCUUUCUCGAGAAGAGUAAAGUCCUUUUGGAUCUUUGCGCAGCCCCAGUUGGCGUUGAUCUCUCCCCUAUCAAGCCGAUCCCUAAAGUUAUCACGUUCCAAAGCGACAUCACAACGGAUAAGUGCAGGGCCACAAUUCGACAACAUUUCAAGACUUGGAAGGCAGACACAGUACUUCACGAUGGUGCGCCGAAUGUCGGUACUGCCUGGGUUCAGGAUGCUUUCUCCCAGGCGGAAUUAGUUUUACAGUCAUUGAAGCUAGCAACGGAAUUCCUAGUACCCGGAGGAACUUUUGUCACGAAGGUUUUCAGAUCGAAAGAUUACAAUCCUCUUCUUUGGGUUUUCAAACAACUCUUCACCACAGUGGAAGCGACCAAACCACCGUCUUCUCGAAAUGUGUCAGCCGAAAUUUUCGUUGUCUGCCUCGGAUUUAAAGCACCCAAGCAUAUCGACCCCAAGUUCCUGGACCCCAAGCAUGUCUUUGCAGAAUUGCAAGAUCCUAACCCGAACAAUGAGGCAAAAGUUUUCAAUCCAGAAAAGAAGAAGAGAAAGAGAGAUGGAUACGAAGAAAAUGACUGGACCCAGCACAAAGAAUUACCAGCCACGGAGUUCAUAAACACCACAGAUCCAAUAUCAAUUUUGGGUUCGUAUAACAAACUCACAUUUACGCAAUCGCCGGGCGGGGAUCUUGCACUUGCAACUCUGCAGCGAUUACCAGAGACUACCAACGAAAUACGGAUGUGCUGUGAGGAUCUCAAGGUUCUUGGUAAAAAGGAUUUCCGACAACUUUUGCGAUGGAGGAUCAAAAUGGACGAGGAACUUGCCCUCCAAGAAGACCUUAGGCGUAUGCAUGAGCGCGAGACUUCCAAAAACAAACGAGAACGGCGGAAAGAGAAUGAGCGAAAACGAAAGGACAUUGUCAGAUUGCAGAUGAAUAUGACGACGCCCAAGGAAAUAGGAAUGGAGCAGGCUGGUCCCCUGGGAGAGGGAGCAAUGUUCAGAUUACAGACAGCAGAGAAACUCCCCGCUGCGCGCUCGGUAUCUGCUAGUAGUAUGGCGGCUGCGGUAGAGAGCAGUAGCGAAGAGGAAGAAGAUUCCAGUGAAGAGGAUUCAGAUGAAGACGGUGACCGAUUAGAGCGUCAGCUUGAUGAACUUUACUCCCAAUACCAAGAAGCACGCGACAAUCGAGAUGCCAAAUUACGUGCCAAAAAGUCUCGCAAGGAUUACGAAACAGAGGCGUGGGAAGGAUUUUCUGACGAGAGAGAAGGAGAGGAAUCAGACAAUGAAUCUCCUCAAACAUUCCCUAUAGCACCUGUGGGAGACCAUGUCAACGGUCUUUCCAACAAGGCCGCUAUGUUUUUCGAUCAAGAUAUAUUCCGGGAUCUUGGAGCCGUUGAAGAUGGAGAAGCAAGCGAUGACCCCGGCGCCACAAAGACAAAUGGUGUGACCAAGGAACAAUCUACUGUCACUAAUAAAGAGGCAACUAAAAAUAAACGAAAAGCUGCUUCACCCUCUCCAUCUAUAUCUAGUGACUGCAGUUACCAGGAGGUCGAGCUAGACAAGUCAGAAACCUUCGAAGACAACGACGACCCCAAGUUAAACGAUGACCCACGGAAGAAAAAUGGGCAACUUGAUGUCGACAUAAUAACAGCCGAAGCUAUGGCUUUAGCCCAUCAAAUGGCCAGGGGCGAGAAAACCACUGAAGACUUUGUUGACGAUGGUUUCCAUAGAUAUUCAUUCCGCGAUGUUGACGGUCUUCCGCAGUGGUUCCUCGAUGACGAGAAUCAACAUUCGAAAAUACAAAGGCCGAUAACUGCCGCAGCAGCGGCAGCUAUCCGAGAGAAGAUGCGUGCUAUCAAUGCCCGACCGAUCAAGAAGGUCCGUGAAGCCAAGAGCAGGAAGAAAUUCAAACAAGCUCAAAAACUAGAAAAACUACGCAAGAAGUCAUCACUGUUGGCCGAGGAUGAAGGCAUCAGUGAAAGAGAUAAGGCCCAGUCAAUUGCGAAAAUGAUAAGCAAGGCCACUAAGAAAAAGCCGAAGCAGAGCGUCAAGCUUGUGGUAGCUAGAGGAGGGAAUAAAGGCAUUUCCGGUCGUCCUCGGGGAGUCAAGGGACGCUACAAGAUUGUUGAUGCUCGGAUGAAAAAAGAUAUCAGAGCAGAAAAGAGAUUGGCGAAGAAAAAGAGCAAAUGA